GCAGCGCUCCUAGGGGUAGGACAUAUUCAUACCAAGUAUUCACCACACAUUUUUUUUUCUAUUGUUAUGUGGCUGUCUCACGGUUUCUGUCACUCAGUAUAUACUGUAUGGUCCAUCUGAUGCAAGAUGACUAGAUGGUUUAUCUUGUGUAAUUGGUGAACCCAGAACCAAGUAGUCAUUUACAUGUAGUAACUGGCCUGGCUAGCCAUUACAGGCAGAAGGUUAUCUACAAUUAUUGAACUGAAAAACUAUCUCAUAACAUUUUCCUUGACUUGUCAACCUAUUUACUUCUGCAUUUACAUAAAAAUAAGUGGCAUUGUAAAAGUUAACUGUGGUAUAUAGAUCAUCAAAUAAGUAACCUGUUUGGAGCAGUGCUGAUACAACAUGCUCAAUACUAAGCCUUUGGGUGGCACUGCACUAGACUCUUCACUAUCCCAACUGUAAAGUUAGUUGCACUGGACGUGAACCAGUGGCCCUUAAGACAGGAGGUGAGCUUUGUACCCCAUCAUACUAAAGUACCUUACUAAAAACAAGGAUAAAAAUGGAUAAAUAUAUCCUGCUAGGUGAAAUUUCAUCAGCUCCCACAGAUAGUGUCUCCCUUCUCUCAUGGAAAUCGUCACACUCUACUAUGUCUUCAGAAGUGGUUACAUCAAUGUUUCCCCCAUCUGUAUCUUCAUCAUCAUCUGUAGCAGAGGAUCCACUUCCAGAAUCACAAUCUUCACCAACAGCACUUUCCACACAUCCAGUAAAUCCUUUAACUAGUAAUUCAUCAUCAGUAGUUCGUCACCUCUCGACAUCAUCAUCAUCGUCCACCUCACUCUCCCUAAGUUCUGUAUCAACAAGCCUCACCAACCUUUCCAUAUCCUCUGUGCCUUCCGUCAGUAUCACCGAACCACUAGUAGAAUCAGGCAUUCCCCCAAUACGUACAAAUUCGUCAACUCCGUCACCACCAGUUUCUUGCCGUCGGAAAACGUCUCCAACUUCGCCUUCUCAACGGUCUACGUCAAGAAGUCCCUCUAAAUCUGCAAUUUCAACUCUGGUUCAGGGCUCUGCUAACACUGUCAUUGCUGUAUCAGGGUUAACAUCAGAUGCUUUCUCAACCAAGGAUGACAACACACUCAGCAGUCCUCAAGAAUAUUUUAGUGAUAUUGUAAAACUCUCAAGACACAGAGAUCUAUGCAGAGACGACCUCCUUUCCCAGAUCGGCCGAGAGAGAGGACAUUCGAUCUACAAGAACCAUGUGCAACAAAAUCACUUCCUCCUAGUCUAUGUGGAUACAGAAAGGGACCGAAAACUGGGCUUGAAGCUACGGAGGUUGUUAGAGGAAAAUCAAGAAGGGAUCAUCGUGAAAGGCCCAUGGAAUAUUUGCUUAGGAGAUUUGAUAUUUAAAAGUUGGGAAGAGUUGUCUGAAUCUUCCAGAGUAGUGCUGGUGAUACUGUCUAGAGCUCUUUUCGAAAAUAAGAUGCUUACCAAUUGUUUGCCAGAGAUUCUUCGCAGUCAUCGAACAGUUCCCCUUUUCCUGGAUCCUAUAACACCAAAGGAAAUACCAGCAAAUUUAAAGAUAAUUAACCAUUUAUCUGGAAGUGCAGUGUAUGAAGACACUUGGAAUGCUGAAAAAUAUGCAAAAAAAUUAUUAACAUCAUAUAGUUAUGCAGGGCAUAUUCUCUGUGAAAUUCAACUAUUAGAACAUUUCAUAAAAGAGACCAAAGACAAUCCUGGUUAUACUUGCCUGUGUGGAAACUGUUGAAGGUAACAAGAAUAUUGUGGAGUCAUGUUUGUUUAAAAAACAGACCAAUAGCCAAAGUUAUGACUUGAUGACAUAAGCAUACUUAUAUUGGUAAGUCUUAAAGUUCAUUGAUAAGGUGCUUAAAAAAAAAUGAGUCCAGUACGUACUAAGGUUAUGUAUAGGAAAAUUCAGUAAACUGCUAUAAUUUUUCUUUAUACAAAAUUUCAUGACAACAGUGUAAAAUAUAAGGAACAUAUGUAUAGCCUAGAACAAGGCUGGCGAACCUUUUUGAGAGCGUUUGCCCAAAUUUUUUAUAAUUUUCUGAAAAAAUCUCUCGUAUGUCCAUGGGAAUUUUGAGAUGCAAAUUAUUAUUAUCAUUAAUUUUAUAUUAUAAUUAUUUUAUAUAUUAUUAUAUUAUAAUUAAUAUAUUACAGUAAACCCUUGGGAACUUGGCACAUAUGGGGCUCUGGCCUUGCUGAGUCAUCCCAAAUUUCAGCAUAUUGAGGCACUUCCCCCCUCCUACAAAAAUACAACAGUGAAAUUUUUUUGACCCAUACAUGUGUAUAUGUAAUUAUUAAAUGUAAAAAAGUAACACUUACCAGCACUGCAGGCAAAGAAUGAAGCAUCAUAAUAGGAGACACAGUUGCAUGGUAGGUGACACAGAGGUAUAGUAGGUGACACAGAGUUAUGGUAGGCGAUGCAGGUGGCCAGAUAUGCCAAGAUUUUCCCUGAUAAUUUUACAUAUCUCGACAUUUCCUGAGUUAUACUAAUACAUUCUGAGACCAUAUCCAUGCCAAGUUAUAUGAAAUUCCCAGUUAUCAAAUGCUGAGUUAUCGAGUGGUUAUUGUAUUGUUAUUUUACAAAAUUAUUAGAGAACAAAAAACUGUAAUUGAAAGCAUUCUUAGAAAGUGUGUUUAGACAACCAUUUAUUACUUCUGAAUUGAUUUAAAUGGGACAGUUUUAGGAAUUACUUGUUAUUUAUAACAUAAAAAAUGGAUUUUUUUGGGGGGAGGGGGGGGGGAGGAGCUGUCGUGUUGCUCAAAAAUGUUCUCUCAGGGACAAAAAGGACAGUACGGUACUGUAGAAGGGUUUGGACAGAAAAAAAAGAGAACAAAUGAGAAAAGAAAUACAUAGCCCUGCAUCCCCCUGCACAAGCUGGGGCCAGGUGGGAGCCUAUAUCCGCCUAGUACACAAUGCAUGAAAGCAGUACCGUAAGGCACCAAUUACAAGUUUGUAUAUUAAAAUAAUUACUGUAUUACAUAAUUUUUAUUAUGAUUUGUUUUAUUUUAUAGUUUUAUUUGCUAUUACUAUACUGUAUUCAUCUUGCUUUACUAAUACAGCACAAAAUUAUAACAGGAAGAUUGAAACACAUAAAUUCAAGCAUUUUAGGAUGCCUGUUCAAAAAAUUAAUAACCAAUAAUAUUUUUAAAAAUAUAAUUGAAAAAUAACAUUUAUAAAUACUAUUACCUGAUACAUAAGCAACAUAAAAAAUGAGUGAAAUUAAUAAAGUAACAAUGAUAAGCCUUUGUUCAUAUUACAGUUUAAAAUAUAAAAAAAUCGAGGAAAGGUAAAUAAACAUAUUUUACAAUUGGUGAGACUUUUGCUGCUUCACCAAGGAUAACAGAUAUUUUAUACCAGGUUUGUAUUUGGUAGUUUUGAGAACUAUGCAUGUAGCACUAGUUUUUUUUUUAAGACUACUCAGUUAAUUAGAGUUAACAAAGUUCAUCACUGAAAACAAUGACUCCCUCUGGAAUUACAGUUUCAGAACUUCAUUUUCCACAAUUUUCAUUGCUGAUCUGGUCACUAACCAGGCUCUUUCAAUAUUUUCUAGUUCAACUCUAAGUCAACAAAUAUUUGCCUCUAAAUUGAGCUGCUGUGUAAAUGAAUCAAUGACAUCUCAAAAUUAUUCAAAUCAAUCCACUGCAGAAUUCCCAAAUUCAGUUGUCUAAUAUUACACUGUCUGCACAUUUUAUGAAUUUUGCAGUUUUUUCAAAUGAUCUGAACUUGGUAAAUCUUUAAGAAAAUUGUUCGUUAGUUAAAAAUUGCAUUUGAAGGCUCUGAAUGUCUAUUUUUCCAAAAUUUCAAGAUCAGUCAUGUGCUUUUGGGGGAUUUGGAAAUAUUUAAGUGUCAUUAUAAACAACAACUUUAAAAAAAAUCAGUUUUAUUUCAAAAGCUUUUAUGUUAUCAAAUACACAAUCUACUGUUUUGUCAAAUCCCAGAAAUUUGGUAUUCAAGUCAUUUAAAUGUGAAAAAAAAUCUGUAAAAAAAAACAUCUUAUAUAUCCACACAGUGUCAGAUAAUUCUUGAAAAGAAAAUUUUUCAUUUGUCAAAAACGUAUGAAUUUCAUCCCAACAUUCUCAACAAAUCGUUUAAGAAGAGAACAUCGACUAAACCAAUGACCAUUAUUGUACAUACAGGUAUGUAGUCCUUUGUACAACGAAUUCACCUCACUCAGUAAAUUCUGAAAUUGCCUUUUUUUUAAGCAUGCAGAAAUAAAUUUGACUACAGUAAGUCAUCGCUUAAUGUCGUGGUUCCAUUCCUGAAAACCGCGACGUUAAAGGAUUAAAUUUUUCCCAUAAGAAAUAGAUAAAAUACGGGAGUUACGUUCCCAUGCCUUCCUUUGCCCCAUAAAAUACAUUACA